CGAUUCCGUCUUCCGAGCCCUCAGUUCACAGCGUUGUCAAGAGACGUCGAUUGUGUAUUGCUCUGUUUUCGCUUAUUUCGUACGAUAUUUCGCGCGCCAUUUCUUCCCGAACUAUUUUCUUCCUUUAUGACACUGAUAUAAAAUCAAUUACAGUAUGGGCACUCUGGAUAAACACUGCAUCGGCUAUAAAAUUGACGACGUGUUCAAGUCUAACGCCCUGGUAGACAUCAGGGCUUGCAAUAAACCCGUGGUCAAGUCAUUAUUUCGUGGAGUACGUAGUUCUAAGUUUCGUCAUGUAUAUGGAUCCCCGUCGAAGCGAGAAGAAUUAUAUGACAAUAUACCAAUCACACGUAAUGCUCAUGAUUCUAAUUUUUGUGCUGCCAACCCAAAAUUUGUUGCCAUUGUGACUGAAGUAGCUGGUGGUGGAGCAUUUGUAGUAUUACCAAUCAAUAAGACUGGUCGUUUAGAUUUAAAUACCAGUAAAGUUACUGGCCAUAGAGGUCAAGUUUUAGAUGUUAAAUGGAAUCCAUUCAAUGAUAACAUAAUUGCUUCUUGUUCUGAUGACUGUACUAUUAAACUGUGGUAUAUUCCAGACAGUGGUCUAAGUUGUAACUUAAAUGAAUGGCUGAUAGAGUUAAGUGGACAUCGUCGUAGAGUUGGUUAUAUUGAAUGGCAUCCAACUGCAGAAAAUGUCAUAGCUAGCUCUGGUUUUGAUUACUUAGUUAUGUUAUGGGAUGCAGGAACUGGUCAAAUUUUAAAUACAAUCGAUUGUCACCCAGAUAUUGUACAUUCAUUAGCAUUCAAUAGAGAUGGUUCCAGAUUAGCGACAACUUGCAAAGAUAAAAAAAUCAGAUCAAUUGAUCCUAGAUCUGGAUUAGUGGUUUCAGAAGGAAUUUGUCAUGAAGGAUCACGUUCGUGCAAAGUAAUAUAUUUGGAUAAUGAGAGGUUAUUGACCACAGGUUUUUCAACAUAUUCAGAUAGACAGAUAGCUAUUUGGAAUCAUACUGAUUUAUCAGAACCUUUGCAUCGUGUCAAUAUUGAUUCAUCUUCAGGAAUCCUAUUCCCAUAUUAUGACUAUGACACAAGAAUGGUUUACUUAGCUGGAAAAGGCGAUGGUAAUAUAAGAUAUUAUGAAAUAGUUGACGAAUCACCAUACAUACAUUUUUUAAAUCAAUUUAUAUCUGGUUGUCCACAGAAAGGAUUUGGAAUGAUGCUUAAACGUGGCUGUAAUGUGAGUCGUUGUGAAAUUAUGCGAUUUUAUAAGUUACAUACUACUCGUAAUGUCUGUGAACCAAUUUCAAUGAUUGUUCCAAGAAAGAGUGACCAGUAUCAACAUGAUUUGUAUCCUGAUACAGCUGCUCCAGUACCAGCAUUGAGUGCUCAAGAAUGGUUUAAUGGAAUUAACAAACCACCAGUUUUAAUGUCAAUGAAAACAGGAGUUCCAGUGAAAACACAUAAACCUCAAGCAUUUGUUUCUAAUGAAGCCACUCGUAAUGACACUAAUUAUCGUAUGAAAUUUGCUUUCCUUUCCAAGGAAACAGUGCCUGAUUAUCGACCACUAGAUAUGUUGCCAGAGAUCGAAAAAGUCCAAAAGACUCAAGUUAAUCAAAAUAUGAAAUUUCAACAAAUACAACAGAAAUUGAGUAAUUCAUUAGUAGGCAAAUUCACUAAUACAACUGAUGAAAAUGAAGAAUGCAAUAAUAUUAAAGAAAACUCAAAUUCCGAUAUUUUGAAAAACGAAUAUCAGAUGAAGAAAGCUUUCACUCGUCAAUGUGAAGAACUAAACAUGCUCAGAAAACAAUUGGCCCACAGAGAUCGGCGCAUUCAAGAUCUUGAGGAUCUUGUUUCUACACUUCAAUCGCAGCUUAAGGUUCAAAGAUUACAGUAAUCAGUAGAUUAUUACCAGGUGUAAUUCUCUCUCUUUAUAUAUUAUUUUUAAUACUUUUGAGCUUAUGCCUUUUGGCUAAAAUUGUGGCCCAGAGGUUAUGAAACCUACUUGAGUAAUAAUUAAUCAAAUUAGCUUUGAAGCUUUAAGCUGCAAAUAUUUUUAAGUAAGAACAAAAUUCAGGGUUGAGACUAAAUUUUAAGAGAAAAAAAAUUCUUUUUUAUACCCUAUUACUUCUGUGAUCAAAUAAUAUUUUAUG